AUGUUGAAGAUGACUCUAAUACUUCUUUGCCUCCUGGUGCUCCACUUUUCCAUCUUCAGUGUAACCUUAGAAUCUCAGUGCACUCUGCAGAAUAAUUUUGAGCCAGGAUUCAUGGCUGGUGGAGACUUUGUCAUUGGGGGCAUUUUCCCCUUGCAUUACAAUCAGGAAAUGCCAGAUCUGAACUGCACAUACAAACCAGGACCAGUGCGAUGUAAUGGGUUUGAUCCCAGAGCUUUCCGCUGGGCUCUGACUAUGAAGCUUGCUGUGGAGGAAAUUAACAACAGUAGUGAGCUGCUACCUAACCACACUCUAGGUUAUAAAAUAUUUGAUUCCUGUGCAUAUCCUUUAACUGGUCAGAGAGCAGCUCUGGCUGUUAUGAAUGGACCAAUGGAAGCAGAUAGACCCAUGUGUUCAAGUGCUAGCCCAAUGUUGGCCAUCAUUGGUGAAUCUGGGUCAGCUCAAUCUAUUGUGGUGUCUAGAAUUUUACGACCUUUCAGGAUUCCAAUGAUCAGCUACUUCUCAUCCUGUGCCUGCCUCAGUGACAGACGAGAAUUCCCCACCUUCUUUAGGGUCAUCCCCAGUGACGCAUAUCAGGUGAAAGCCAUUGCCAAGCUGCUGAUACAUUUCAACUGGACAUGGGUGGGUGUGGUUAGGGGUGACCAUGCGUAUGGGCGUUCUGCCCUACAGGGACUGCUUAAUGAGCUGGAGGAUACAAGCGUGUGUGUGUCUUAUCAGGAGAUGAUCCCCCUGCUGUAUGACAGCCAGAGAGCAAUAGAGAUCAUCCGUGUGAUGAACAGCUCCAGUGCUCGAGUGGUCGUUGUGUUUUCAGCUGAGGGAGAACUCACGCCUUUUCUGAAAGACUAUAUGAAACUGAAUGUUACUGGAAUUCAGUGGAUUGCCAGUGAGGCCUGGGUAACAGCUUCAGUGUUCACAGGAAGUGAGUAUUACCCCUUCUUGGGAGGCACGAUUGGGUUUGGGAUACGGCAGGGCUAUAUUCCAAAGCUGAAAGAUUAUAUAACAACGGUGAACCCACACGUGUACCCUUCCAACACCCUGCUGCCCCUCUGCACUGGACAAGAGAUACUCAACAAGCAACACUCUGCCUACAUGAACACAUCUAGUCCUCGCAUUGCUUAUAAUGUAUACAAAGGAGUGUAUGCUAUUGCUCACUCACUCCACAAUCUCAUUUCCUGCAAACCUGGAAAUGGCCCAUUCAAUAAUUCCAUGUGCGCUGAUAGCACUAAAGUCUAUCCAUGGCAGCUCCAGCAUUACCUACAAGAAGUCUCAUUUACUAUCUCAGGUGAGACAGUCAACUUUGAUAUAAAUGGCGACUCGAUCCCGUCCUACGACCUGAUCAACUGGCAGAAGGGCACAGCUGGCAAUAUUGAGCUGGUUAAAGUGGGCAUGUAUGAUGGAGCUCGAGAGGCCGGGAGUGAACUGGUCAUUUAUGACACAGCUAUCACAUGGGCCAGAGACAAGAUCUCUGUUUGCAGUGACAGCUGCCCUCAAGGAUAUAGGAAAGCUGUCCGUCAAGGGGAGCCUUUGUGCUGCUUUGACUGUGUACCAUGUGACAGUGGCAAGAUUAGUAAUCAGACAGUAGACUGCAUGGUCUGUCCUGAAGAUUAUUGGUCUAACGCUGAUGGAACAGCAUGUAUUCCCAAGGUCAUUGAGUUCCUUUCCCAUGAUGCAAUGGGGAUAGCACUGACAGUUAUUGCUGUUUUCGGGGCUUGUGUCACCUUAGCUGUAUUUGCAGUCUUUCUCUACCACAGAAACACUCCCAUUGUGCGUAUGAAUAACUCAGAGCUGAGUUUCUUCAUCCUGUUCUCCUUGACCCUGUGUUUCCUGUGUGCAUUGAUCUUUAUUGGGGAGCCCACAUCCUGGUCAUGCAUGCUGCGCCACACUGCUUUCAGCAUCACCUUCUCGCUCUGCAUCUCCUGCAUCCUAGGUAAAACCUUAGUGGUUCUUGCUGCCUUCACAGCCACCCAGCCUGGUAACAAUGUGAUGAAAUGGCUCGGGCCUACACAACAGAGGAUCAUCAUCUUUAGUUGCACCCUGGUCCAGGUGAUCAUUUGUGCUGCAUGGCUCAUAUCUUCUCCUCCAUUCCCCUACAGAAACACACAGUAUCAGUACUCUAAGAUCAUUCUAGACUGCAGGGUGGGAUCUGAGCUGGCCUUCUGGUGUGUACUAGGCUAUAUUGGCAUUUUGGCCUGUUUGUGUUUCAUUUUGGCCUUUCUGGCUCGGAAAUUGCCUGGAAAUUUUAACGAGGCAAAAUUUAUUACUUUUAGCAUGUUAAUAUUUUGUGCAGUGUGGCUGGCAUUCAUACCUGCCUAUGUAAGUUCACCUGGCAAAUUCACUACUGCAGUUGAAAUAUUUGCUAUUUUAGCUUCAAGCUCUGGUCUUCUUUUGUGCUUAUUUGCUCCAAAGUGUUACAUUAUACUACUCAAACCUGAAAAGAAUACCAAACAGCAUCUAAUGGGAAAAUAA